AGUAUGGAAUUUAAUAUUGUGCCAAUUGUAAACGAUAAGGGUUUACAAUAUUUAAAACCCAGAAAUGUACAUUGCAUAAUGAAUAAGGAUUUCAAAAUGAACGACGAAACAUAUUUGCAUCACAGUUAUUCUACUUGUGUUACCAACGUAUUUUAUGACGAACAAAUUAAACGAUGUAAUUGUACUGAUCUAUAUGCACCGGAUUCGAAAGCUAAAUUGUGCACUUUAUCGCAAUAUGUCUGCUUGGAAAACCAUGAUUGAUUAAUUCUAAUUUAAUAUUGUCGAGACAAUCUACACCAUGCUUUCCGAAUUGCUUCGAUUCCGAAUAUAUUGUGGAAAACAUGUUUUACAGUGAAAGCGAUGAGGAGAAGAAAGAUGAGCUGACAUUGGAUUUGGUUUUACUGAACUUUCCUACUAAACACCGAAGACGUCAGGCUAUUAGACAAGCUGAAGAUAAAAUGGCCUCCUUAAGCGGCAUAUUGGGUCUAUUUAUGGGUCUUAGCUUUAUCAGUAUCCUAGAAUACUUCUACUUAACAUGCCGUGCCUUUUACAAAUCUAAAAAGUCAAAGCUAUUAGAAGUAGCAACAACUGCACCCAUGAUACAAAAUUCUGCCGAAUCACUAGCUGCUGAUAGAAGUGUAAGAGGCUUAAGAAGGCAAAUUAUCUUUCAGCCUUGA